AGGAGGGCGCAGUAUAAAAGCACUGGCGGCGCGGCGGCCCGGGCUUCACUCGCCGCCUCGCGCCGGGACUUGGAACGCCGCGGGCUGCACGGGCCGAGGAGAGGGCGCUGUGCUCGGGCUACCCAAUGCUUGGACUAUCUGCCGCCGCUGCUCGUGCAAUAUGCUGGAGCUCCAGAACAGCUAAACGGAGUCGCCACACCGCUGCCUGGGCUGGAUCGCAGCGCUGCCUUUCCUUAUGAAGAAGACACAAACUUGGAUUAUCACUUGCAUUUAUCUUCAACUGCUCCUAUUUAAUCCUCUUGUCAAAACUAAAGGGAUCUGCGCGAAUAUUGUGACGGAUAAUGUAAAAGACAUCACAAAACUGGUGGCAAAUCUUCCCAAAGACUAUAUGAUAACCCUCAACUAUGUCCCCGGGAUGGACAUUUUGCCAAGUCACUGUUGGAUACGGGACAUGGUAUUACAGUUGUCAGUCAGCUUGACCAAUCUUCUGGAUAAGUUUUCAAAUAUUUCUGAAGGCUUGAGUAAUUAUUCCAUCAUAGACAAACUUGGGAAAAUAGUGGAUGACCUUGUGGAAUGUGUGGAAGAAAACUCACCCAAGAAUGUAAAAAUAUCAUCCAAGAGGCCAGAACCCAGGCCCUUUACUCCUGAACAAUUCUUUAGAAUUUUUAAUAGAUCCAUCGAUGCCUUCAAGGACUUUAUUGUGGUAUCAGAAACUAGCGAUUGUGUGCUUUCUUCAACAUUAAGUCCUGAGAAAGAUUCCAGAGUCAGUGUCACAAAACCAUUUAUGUUACCCCCUGUUGCAGCCAGCUCCCUUAGGAAUGACAGCAGUAGCAGUAAUAGCAGGGCCGCCAGUUCCAUUGGAGACUCCAGCCUACAAUGGGCAGCCAUGGCAUUGCCAGCAUUCUUUUCUCUUGUGAUCGGCUUUGCUUUUGGAGCUUUAUACUGGAAGAAGAAACAACCAAAUCUUACGAGGGCAGUUGAAAAUACACAGAUUAAUGAAGAGGAUAAUGAGAUAAGUAUGUUGCAAGAAAAAGAGAGAGAGUUUCAAGAAGUGUAAUUGUGGCUUGUAUCAACACUGUUACUUUUGGACAUUGGCUGGUAACAGUUCAUGUUUGCUUCAUAAAUGAAGCAGCUUUAAACAAAUUCAUAUUCUGUCUGAAGUGACAGACCUCGUCUUUAUCUGUUCUUGCUACCCAUGAGUUUAUAUGGAUGAUUCAGAAAUUGGAACGGAGUGUUUUACUGUGAAACUGGCACUGAAUUAAUCAUCUACAAAGAAGACCUUGCAUGGAAUGGGACUCUAUUUUAAGGACUGGGGGGUCUUGUGGUCUCCUUUGGAACUUGCUACUGAUGUUGGGAGAGAAGGCAUGAGUCCCUGGCUAUGUGCACCAUUUACACGGCUCCAGAAAUGUCUAAAUGCUGAAAAGCCACAGAGCUUUAGUCUUCAGUGACAUCAUGAAGCCUGUAGUCAGCCUUGUCUCUGCAGAUAGAUUUCAGCCUGGAUAGUAGGGAUAAUACAUUUUUCUCAAAAGAUUCUAGAAAAACUUAGGCGAAAACUCAAAAACGUCAGCCACUGUAUAGCGUAGAAAGAAGUCGGAGUGAAGCAAUGUGAUAGGUAACAUGUCAGUUUUGUAGUUUUUAAUUAACAGUAUGGGUCGAAUCUUGAUUUCUUCCCAAUCUAAGCCAUGCUCUCCCAUAUCCCACUAGAACAACAACAACAAAAGGGUAUGGUGGGCUGGCUCUGUCUAUGAAGGGGAGCCAGGACUGACUUAGAACGAUGCCUGGGCAGAAGGGAGACCCAUGGAACGUCAUCGAGGAAGAACUAUGGACACUGAAGAACAAAGCAAUCUGCCAAGGAGGAGAUUUGGUGCCCUGAUGAAAAGUCUUCCUUUCUCCUUGACCACUAGAAUGUACAAAUUGUGUUUGCAAAAUAUAGUAUGAUGUGUUUAUGUCCGGAAACUAUUGCAGAGUUAUGUAAAGGGACUUGUGGGAAAAUGCUGAAUGGAUGACGGGCUUGCUUUUAAUUUCCACCAUGGGAGAGAAUAUACAUAAAUUAUGAUAUUUAGUAUCUAAGGUUAGAAAAACUCACCCCCACAUUAAUAUGGGUGUUGGAAACUAAGCUCCUUGGCUUUUAUAGAACACAAAGAAUCAGGAAACUUUAGUUAUUUAUAGAAUAACCAUCAUUGUCUGUUUAAAGACUCAUUUAUUUAAAAUCAGGCUCUCUCUAGUUCAUCAACUAAAAGUUUUUUAAAAAGGGAGAUUUCAUGUCAUUAUGCAUGUCAGCCUGCUAUUUAAAAUGUAUGACAAGCAUUGUCAUAUUAAAGCGAAUUUGGAAAGAAUCCCCAAGAUGGACAUUGUGCAUUUAAACUAGAAUUUGUAAGAUAUUAUGUGAACUCCCCCUUACCAGUUGUUUUUAAAGUCAAAAGAACAUCUGAAUAAAUGUAAAAAAAUUUUUCCUAUUUUUAGUGAAGUUUUUUUUUAAACAUACCAUGAAUAUAAUGGAUCCAAAGUUUUCCAUUUCAACUUAAUCCUUGUAAUAACACCAUUGCCACCCAUACAACGAUGACCAUCUUCAAUGGGAGAAUACAAAGGUAUGUGAAAAACUAACUGCUAGCUUUCCUUCCAUCUCAAAAGUCCAAAAAUUUCUGAGCUAGUUAGAUUUUUAGCUCAUAUUCAAAGCCUACCCAAAUACAACUCUAGUAAGUGGCCUUGGCUCUUUUGUAUACUAAAGAGCCCAAAUGAUUUCCACAGUCCCUUUCUUCUCAAAAGGCCUGUGGCUCCUCAAACACUCAUUCAUUUAAGACAGUCCAUAUGCAUUGGUGCGGCCCCUCUGAGACUGCUGGUGCAAUCAAAUAAUAAUAAAAUCAGAGAUUACCUUAACUGCCAAAAGGACUUGUAUUGGUGUGAGCCACUAAUUAUUUUUAGAAAAAAGUAAAUUUUAUAUAGAUUAAUAUGAGAUAAGUGUGAAGAAGGCGACUGAUACAUUUCAAUCUAAUGGUUUGAUUUACCUAUGUCUUCAAUUUGCUUGGGUGGACAAAAUGCUGUUUAAUGAGCUUGAGAGCAUGGUAAUUGUGCUUUUGUUCUCAUAUCUAAUAGCUGGGACUUAACACUCAAGGAAAAGGUCUUAUUUCUUAGCAUCAAAUGAAUUAGUAAAUACAGUAAGUUAUAGAACCUGGCAUGAUAGGGGAAGGAAAAAGCAUUGUGCCUAUUAAAUGUAUUAGUUUAUUGAAAGUUAUCUGAAUUGUCCAUUUCUACAACACUGAAAUUCAAUAAAGUGCAUGAACAAUAGAAAAUGCUGAACAUUAUUUUGGAUACUAGCUGCUUGGGCAUUAACUGUGUCAUGUCUGCUUUGGGAUUAAAAGAUGUAUGUUGGCGCUCAUUCGAUCCCAUGUGUACUGAAUAGUCAGCUUUGUAUAUUGUGGAAAAUUCACAUUAUGAUGAUAAAUUAUGAGAUCAUCACCGAAACUGAUGUCUUUUAAAAUGAUCCCCAAAUUCUGCAAACUUAAUUUAUAAUGAAAUUUUUGCAACUCUUUGGUGGAAACCCAGUCUAUUACAAAAUCAGCUUUGUGAUAAAUGGGGCCUUCCCAGUGAAACUAAAGGGCUCCUGGAUGCUGUAUCAUAAUUUAAUGUGCUUAUGACCACACUGCCACUUCGACGUGUCAGAAGCAAGCUGAUUUUAAUACAAUGAAAGAACAACUUAUUCUCUUAAGAAGGAUAUAUACAUAUAUGCAAAAUAAAAACAUGGAAAACCCAUAUGAAGUAUUUGAUUUUGGUAAGAGUAAAAAAAACCCAUUUCAUUAAAGUACUUCAAAAAACUUUGUGGCACACUUUGGUGCUUUAAUUCAAUUGAAGUUAUAAUGAGUACAAAAAUACAUUCAAAAAUCUUAAGCAUUAAUUUUUUUCUGCAGCUAUGUUUUAGUUUCAAAUUUUAAUUCCAAUAUGGGUUUUUAGCCAUUUCCUGUGUAUUUAAGAAAUACAACCCCGAUAAGGUAGUUUGGCUGGGUGAGAGGUACAACGGGAAAGACCUCAGGUGCCGCCACACUGCCAUUAAAUGAUGUGAUAAAUUACCUCUUCUUUGGAUCUCAAUUUUUUAUUUCUAAGUACAGUGAAGUUGGAGGUCGCACCUUAGGGUUGAGCCCUUAUUCCUAUGAGUACAUAGCUGACAAAGAAGAUAAAAUAGAGCUGAAGCUAUUUCAUGCAAAAUGCCCAACUUUGGCCUCUGUGAGUGUCUUGACCAUAAAAAGUCAUUGCUGUUCUUGUUUCUAAUGUAAAUAGGGCCCAUUAGUAAAAGUGAAAUUUUCAGUCUGAAGUAGGGUUAAUUGGGUAAUUGUUUACACAACAGAUGGCUUUUACUUUUGCUUAAACAAACGUUUUGGAUCACCUCAGAAGAAUGAAAAGCAGCAGUGCAGUUUAGUCAUUUUAGUCUGGACGAGGUACUGUAAGAUGCGUGUGACAUUUGGAAAUGCACCAAAUGAAGCAUUUAAAUGAUUUCAUCAUAUUGAAAGCUAAAAGCAGAAGAUGUGAGAUGCUCAUGGGCUUUGGGGAUGCCAAAUUUUCUAGAAUAAAUGAAUAAAGAAGUAACCCAUAAGUUACAUUUUAAAACUGGGGGAAAAGGGAAUUAAAAUUUUUAAGAAAACCAGCUUAUCUCUGGUUUAUCUGUGGAGUUUAACCACACAACUUAUGAUGUUGCUUCUGCCCAUGAUUAGUCUUGCAAUGCCUUUGCUGAUAACAAAAAAAUAGUGGUACUUUUGGUUCAUAACCAAAUACUGAUUUUAAAAUGAUCAGUAUUGAAAUGGGCACUUAUGAUCCUAAAAUGUUUGCUAAGCAAUGUCUAUUUUUAUCUGCCAUUGCCAACUACAUCCUUUUGAUGUUUUUAAAAAUAAACUUAAGGUAAUUGCUUAAACUAAAAACUAUGGUAUUUUCAAUUACUUGAUUUCUGAGCUACCAGAUUCACUAAAUAAUAAUGUUCCAAUCGAAAUAUCCUGUUCUUCUGUAUUCUAAGGAUUAAUGUGUGAUUAUAAUGUCCACUUGCCACUGUUUUUAAAUCAAUGGACUUGAAAGUUGUCCAAUGUUUAGAUGGAUACACAGAUAUUCUACUAGUUCAGUCAUAGAUUGGAGUUUGCAUAUUGUAAUGUAAAUGUAUGUCAACACUAUUCUAAAUAGUUUUAUUAUGACUGCAGUUUAAUUAAAUAAAAGAUUGUAAAAUGUGAUGUGUAUGUGUAUAUACUGUAUGUGUACUUUUUAAAAUAGGUAUAUGUCCUGACCCUUUUUUAUACAGGUUUGAAUUUGAAAUUACAUUAUAUAUACAUAUACUUUAUUGUUCUAAAUAAAGAAUUUUAUGCACUAUCA